UUACAGGGGCUGAACUGGAAAAUGAGUGCAGUGGGCCAAGCUAGAUUCUUACUAACCCAAAUAACUCGAUCAGCAUCAAAUACUUUAUUAUAUGGAAAACGUGGUUCACAUAAUCUGUGGUAUCCUGAUGCUGAAUUUAUGCAUGAAUUCAAGGUCACCUUAUUUUAAAGCAAAGUUCGAGAAGGUCCUGGAUAUGGUAAAGCAGGUGUUGUUGGGCGGGUUUGGAUGCCAAAACCGACACAAUAUGAUAAGAAUGUUGGAAUUGAUCAAAUAUUUGAGAAAUUAAGUUGGCAACCGGUUCUACCCGAUUUAAGUGAAAUACAUGAAAAGCCAUUGCAUUAUUACUUGUUAAAUUUCGGACCACAGCAUCCGGCAGCACAUGGAGUUCUUCGUCUCGUACUCGAAUUGGACAAUGAAAUCGUAAUGAAAGCAACUCCGCAUAUCGGUCUUCUGCACCGUGGCACAGAGAAACUGAUCGAAUACAAGACUUAUACUCAAGCUGUACCAUAUUUCGAUCGCAUGGAUUAUGUAUCGAUGAUGUGUAACGAAACAGCAUUUGCACUUGCUGUUGAAAAAUUAUUAGGAGUUGAUAUUCCGCCAAGAGCUAAAUUUAUCAGAACUCUAAUGAAUGAGCUAACUCGUAUACAGAAUCAUUUGAUGGGUGUUACAACACACGCUUUGGAUAUUGGUGCAAUGACUCCUUUAUUUUGGAUGUUUGAAGAACGUGAAAAGAUGUUUGAGUUCACUGAGCGGGUGUGUGGAGCUAGAAUGCAUUCAAAUUACGUGCGUCCAGGAGGUGUUGCAUGGGAUUUACCACUUGGUUGGAUGGAUGAUGUAUAUGACUGGGCAUUACGGUUUCCACAGAGAUUGGAUAUGAUGGAAGAUCUGUUAACAGGCAACCGCAUUUUCAUGGCAAGAACUGUAGACAUUGGACUUGUUAAAGCUGAGGAUGCCUUGCUUUGGGGCUUUUCUGGCGUUAUGCUUCGUGGAUCCGGUAUUAAAUGGGAUAUACGUAAAUCACAGCCGUAUGAUGCUUAUGAUCAAGUGGAUUUUGAUGUUCCUGUUGGUGUGAAAGGAGACUGUUACGAUAGAUAUUUAAUAAGAAUGGAAGAAAUGCGUGAAAGUGUGAAAAUUAUUUUUGAAUGUUUAAAUAAGAUGCCUCCCGGUGAAAUUAAAGUUGACGACCACAAAGUGGUUCCUCCUAAACGUGCCGAAAUGAAGCAAAAUAUGGAAUCGCUGAUACACCACUUCAAAUAUUACACUGAAGGUUAUCAGGUGCCACCCGGUGCUACUUAUGUUCCAGUUGAAGCCCCCAAAGGAGAAUUUGGUGUUUAUUUGGUAUCACAAGGUGAAUCAAGACCUUAUCGGUGUUUUGCUCGAUCACCUGGAUUUCCACAUCUUGCUGCAAUCGAUGAUAUAUGUUACAUGUCCUUGUUAUCUGACGUUGUGGCGGUUAUUGGUACUCUGGACCUUGUUUUCGGAGAAAUUGAUCGAUAACCACCGAUGAUCAUUGAAAUUUUCUUUUGAAAAUUACAUCAAAUUUUCAUAUUUUUAGAAUUAGUACCAUUUGGCGGAUGAUGUCUUCCUAACCGGUUCUGGCGGCGAAGUAGGGAUGAAGAAUAUCAUGCAUUCAAUGCACGAACACGUCGUACUAUUUUGCAGGAAAGUGAUGCAUAGCAAUUG